CUCCAAGAGGUCGUCACAUUGAAGCCAUCAGAGACCAACUGGUGUUCCCCUCAAAGCCAACGAUGAGCAGCAAACCAGCAACCAAAGCCUCAAAGGACAAAGAGCUCAGGGUUCUGCUCCUGGGAAAAACUGGAUCUGGGAAAAGUUCUGUUGUCAACACCAUCCUGGGCCUGGAUUUGAACGACCCAAACCGCUGUAAGACAGGAGCGUAUUUUGAUCGGGUGACAAAACAAUGUGAGCUGAAAACAGGAAAGUACAAAGACUUUGAGGUGAAGGUUCUGGAUACUCCUGGUUUGGGCUUCACGGAACAAACAGACAAAGACGUGAAGAAUGAGUUGCUGGAAGGCAUCAAGGAGAUUUCUCCUGGUCCUCAUGUCAUCAUCUGGGUUUCAAAGUUUGAUAAAAUUGUGGAAGAAGAUGUAAAAAUGCUGAAAGCUUUAAAGGAGGGCUUCAAGAACGCUCAUGGUCACAUCAUCUUCGUGUACACUGGGGAGGAAGAUAAAAAGGCAGGGGAUGCAAAAGCUGUCAAAGCUCCCAGUAAACUUGAGGAUUCUGCAAAGGUCCAAGUCUUCGACAACAAUGCUAAAGAUGCUGCGUUUAGAAAACAGGCAGAAAAACUGCUGCAGACGGUCAUAGAGAUGAAGGAGAAGAAUAAAGAAAAAGACAAAGAAUACUACAGCAGUGAUCUGUUCAAAAAAGCCAUCGAGACUUUCUUUAAUGAGCUGGAUAGAAAAGAACCACCUGCUGAUAAAGGCCCUGCAGAAAACAUUGUAGAUUUCUUGCUGAAGAUCACCUUAGAUGCUGCUGAUGGUACAUUAACUCGGGUCAGUUUCAUUAAGUCAGUUAAGGAUCUUAUUACUGACCUGGAAAGAAAAUUAAAAAAAACAGAAUAAUUUCAGGAUGCAUGCAGUUACUGUAUUUCUGCAAAGCAUAUUUGGUCCCUGAUGGAACCAUCUGUCCUGCAGAAGGUCCAGUCAGCUUCAGUUGGAAGGUUGCUGGUUCCAUACAGUUGUGCAAUACAUUCCUUUUUAGCUUUCUUAUAAAUUCAAAAUCUUAUGCUUUAGAACUUCACUUAAAAUUAGCGUUUCAUUCAUAUUACUAAUCUAGUUUGCAAAUGUCUACGUUUUUUUUCUACUGUCAUGCCUCAAUGUCCCCAUUGUGCGACAAUAAAGGAGUUUCUUAUCUUA